AUGGCAGUGCCGUUCUCGCACCGCGCCUACAGCUUUCCGCAGUUGAGCGCACCGCUCAGCGCACUACUCCUGGGAACAGACCCUGAAAUUCGCAUACCGCGUUCUGACAUUCCCCACAUCGUCGAUCAGGGAACCUCAAGGAGCCUUGUGAUAACGACAUGUGCUCCCAGUCUUUAUAAACGGCGCCCAACCGCAAGUGUAUCUUGGCCACCGUCUUCUUCAUAUAGCGCCAUGGCCGAAGCGUUUGCGCAUAGACAUUGGCAGCAACUGCUGGCAAAUCACUCGCAAGCAUCCAUUGAGAUCAUCGGGACCCUCCUCAUUCAGAUCCUGACGUUCUACAUUCCAUGCGGUGUAUACGCUUCGCUGGAGGUUCUUUUCCCGGUGUACAGUGAAUCGCACAAAAUCCAGCCCGCGCCAAAGCAGCCAACCCGCUCCGAAGUCUGGGAAUGCUUCAAAGUCGUCUUGGGCAAUCAAUUGCUUUCCAUCGCCCUCCAACUUGGGUCCGUACACCUCACCUCAGGCACGCGCCACCACCCCUUCCGCUUUGACGCCAAACUUCCCGGGAUCGCUGAGAUAGCCCUCCAAUUCGUCGCGUGCGUCCUCAUGCGCGAAGUCCUGUUCUACUACUCCCACCGCCUCCUCCACAUACCGAGUCUGUACCCGAAGAUCCACAAAUUCCACCAUCGUUUCACCGCGCCCGUGGCCCUCGCCGCGCAGUACGCGCACCCAAUCGAGCACGUCUUUGCUAAUAUCCUGCCGAUCACCAUUCCCCCGCAGCUCUUCCACGCCCAUGUGGUGACGUUUUGGCUGUUCAUGGCGUUCGUGCUGUUCGAGACGGCGACGGUGCACUCGGGGUACGAUUUCUUUGGAGGGGCGGCGAGGAAGCAUGAUCUGCAUCACGAGAAAUUCAUGAUCUAUUUCGGAACGAUUGGUUUGCUGGAUUGGUGGCAUCAGACAGACAGGUUCAAGAGCCGGGCGCGUGUAGAGUAG